UCUGCAGCUCCGCGCUCUCUUAGUUGUGUCUGCGUUGCGGAAGCGGAGCUGCGUGAUGGAGCUGUGCGAGAUUUUAUACAACAAAGCGGAAUAUAUAGAGACUGCGUCGGGUAAUAAAGUGAGCAGGCAGUCUGUUCUCUGUGGAAGCCAGAACAUCGUCCUUAAUGGAAAAACGAUCGUGAUGAAUGACUGCAUCAUCAGAGGGGAUCUCGCUAACGUCCGAGUCGGGAGACACUGCGUUAUUAAAAGCCGGAGUGUCAUCAGGCCGCCUUUUAAAAAAUUUAGCAAAGGUGUGGCCUUCUUCCCUUUGCACAUUGGAGAUCAUGUGUUCAUAGAGGAGGACUGUGUGGUGAAUGCAGCUCAGAUCGGAUCAUAUGUUCAUAUCGGCAAAAACUGCGUCAUCGGUCGGCGUUGUGUCCUGAAGGACUGCUGUAAGAUUCUAGAUAACACAGUUCUGCCCCCGGAGACGGUGGUCCCUCCGUUUACAGUGUUCUCUGGAUGUCCAGGGCUGUUUUCGGGAGAGCUGCCGGAGUGCACACAGGAGCUGAUGAUCGACGUGACUAAAAGCUACUACCAGAAAUUCCUGCCUUUAAGCCAGAUAUAAUCACUGAUUCUCUCUCAGACCAAACUGGACAUUUUAUUUACAUUCACCCUUUAUUUACUGCAGCAGAGUGAAGGAUGUGCUGAAUGUGUUUGUCUUAAACACAGACACACGUGCUUGUCUGAUGGUCUUUAGUUCCAGCCAUGAAAACAUUUCUUUUUAUUUAUUAAAGCAUAAAGCAUAAUUAAAAAUAAAACCAUAAUGCACAGGGUUCCUCUGCUGAGCGUUAUUCCUGUACUGAUCUACUGUGUCUGUCAGCAGACCGAAGAUCACAAGGCCCAGGAAUCUUCCCUCGGCAGCGUCUCUGAGAUCAGCUGGGUUUCAGUGAAAGCCUGUAUUUGUUCUCAUGUUUAGUUUCUGCGAGACUAAAUGUUUUCUCUGUUCCAAUGAAUAAAUAAAUAACCAUAGACUGUAAA